UGAUAGUUCGUUUAAAUAAUUUAAAUUUUCUUCGAUUUAUUUCAGUAUCUCCCAUAAUAGUCUCGUUUAUUUAACCCAAAUGAUUUAUCAGGAUUGGAUUAAGCUGGAGUAGUCACAUGAAACAAUGUCGUCAUCUCCGGUGGGAUUACUAUGGCAACACUAAAGGGUGCUUAUCAACGGUUUGUUACGUCUAUAAUACGACUCUGGAAGAGAGAAGAAUCAGAGAAUAGUGACGUCACACAGGAAGCAACUAAUUCAUCAUCGGAAUUACUAACAGACGACAGCCCGACUAAAAAGGAAAGCAACUCGGUUUCAGAAGUUGCCGAACCAUAUUUCUUGGCCAAAGAGGAACCUCCUAGUCACUCUUUACCGGAUCUAUUAAUUGAGAAUAUACCUAUCAAAGAAACUUCACAAUCACUGAAUAAAAAGAAACCUUCGAACUUAAAACGUGGAUUAUCACUUCUCAGAUUAACUCAAAGUCGUUCAGCAAAUGACUUAAAACAGUCGGAUGAAAAGUACAUCGACAGACGUCCAAGAAAUAACUCAUCGCCUGUAUUAGCAAGAAAACUAUCAAACACUAAUUUACUUCGGCCUCCAUCGUCUUUGAAUUUAUACGAACGACACCCACGAUUGAGAAGAGAGAAAACAAGUUCAUCAAAUUUAUUUCGUGAUAGUUCCCCAGUUAAACGUGGUCGCUCUACCUCGAACUUACUCAAGGACCAUCCACCAGUUGUUUUGAGACGAAAUCUUGGGACUUCUGAUUUGUUGGGUCCCCCACGGGUACAAUUACGACGUGAACUAUCAAUAUCGAACCUAUUUUUAGGUUCACCCCGGAUCAAAUCCCAACGAAAACAGCGACCAAAAUCAGUAUCAGACAUUCUGAUUCCUGACCCGUCGCAAGAGAAACUCAAACCUCAAAACAAAUCGCCGACAACUUUAAAACUAAGUCCCAGAGUUUUUAAAAAUACUUUAAAAAAGACUAAAUCUGAUCCGCCACUAAGUCCCGAAGCCGGGUCUACAGCACGCAACAGAACUCUUACUAUUGCCUCAAGGUUUUCUAAAUUUGCUUCUAAGAAAAUUGACGGUACUUUACGGAAACGGACUAAAACUGACGCAAAAUUUAAACUGACAAUCAUGGAAGAAAUUGAAAUAGGAAAAGGCAGGACAAUGCCUGUAGAGCCGUUCCUUGGUCGACUUCGAGACUACAAUACAUAUUACGAAGAAAGAUCAGCAUUACAAUUCAAAUGGAAACAGGAUAAAUCUGGCAACCUACUUGUGGAUGGAAUGUUAAAUAUUUAUUGGGGAUUGAAACGAUCAAUUCGAUUACAGAUGGCAGAUGGUGGAGUGAAGAUCCGUCCACAAAGUCAACUAGAAGACAUACAAGCGGAAGCUGUUAGAAAAUUUGAAGUCUUAACGACUGGGGAACCAAUAAAAGAAGAAAACGUCAACAUAGUAAUGAAGAAUGAGAAAUUGAGCGGAACGAUAAUGCGGAAAAAAUUGAGCCGACCAAGAACAAUCGGGGAAACUCCAACAAAUGGCAAUGGUGAUGUUACUAUAAAUAUCGAAAAUGGAAUUCUUGGGGAAACCAGUCAUCGAAGUUAUGAUAGAAGGAGAAUGGCUUUGCGAUUAAGAAAUGGAGGUCAGAAAGUUCACGUCAACACAGAGGACAGUGAUGGGCUUCUACGGCAAAAGAGCGUCAUCUUGCGGAAACGUUUAUCAAGCAAAAGCGGAAAGAAGAGAUUCUCGAUCAAUGGUCAUGCUUACAACCAUCAAACUUCAGUAUUCACACCAGACUACGCUUCUGUCACGAAUGUUCGGAUCACGAGUAAAACAUGUUGUGAUGAUGUCAUCAAACAUUUACUCAAUAAAUUUCGCGUUGAAAACAGCUCUGAAGAAUUUUCACUGUAUCUUGUCAAAGAAACUGGAGAACGACGUGAACUCACUCGUUCCGAAUUUCCUUUGAUAACGCGAGUACUAUCCGGUCCGAACGAACAGUUUUGUAAAAUCUUCAUCAUGGACCGAAAUAUGCAUCGAGAUAUCUCAAGUGAAGUUGCUCAAUAUAUCAAGUUGGACUUGAACAUUUUAUCUAUGGUUGUGAAAAAGUUCAAUGAAGAAGAGGAGAGAGAAACGGAAAGAAUGAAAGAAAGGUACGAAAUGUAUCGGAAGAUGCUGAAGAAGCGAAUAGAGGAGUUGGCAUCCGAGACGUGACUUCAGAAAACGUCACAGUAAUGAUGCCACAAGGAUAUGCCAUGGACAAAAUAUACGUUUGUGGCACUAAACAAGACGCCACGGAAUCAUCAAACUGCCAUCGGAUGAAACAGUACUGGCGCCAGUCCUUGACGUGUGACAUCGACAAACGCCAUGGCGCGACGUCAUCAAAUAAAUUUAUUCCAUUCUAUGAACAAUGGUUCGGUGGCACCAAUGCCAUGUCACUAUUUUGCACAAACUGACUUCAAUAUGAGCAAUACAAUAAAUUUGAAGUAACGAAAAUUGAUUAUAGAUAAAUUAUAGACAAUAUAACCAAUACUCGAGUAUUGGACUCGUGGCAAUUCUCGGAAAUGUGACACCAUAUAGAUGCCAUGUUAUCAAACUAAUGUCACUAAAGUAAACAACAUGUCUGACUUAAAGUUUGACGCCACCAAUGCAAUACCAAUAUUUUUGCACGAAAUUACCUUCAAUUACCCUACUAUUACAAAAAAAUUCAAACACACAGAAAAUUUCAAAAACGUUCUAGGUCAGGGGUGGGCAACCCUUGGCACGCGUGCCGAGCCCAUUUAUUCGGCACGCGAGCGAGGCUUCAGAAACGGAAUCGUUUUUUUUUUCAAGAAAAAAAGUUCCAAGACUCUGAAUUAUCUGUUGAAACUCUGCGUACGUUUAAUCAUUAUUGUUUGUUAGCAAUCCGUACUCUUUUUGUUCUUUCAUGACAUAUGGCUUCAAAGAAAUAUAUUAUGACGUCACAACUGAGUGAGCUCUCGGCAAUUUUGGUCGGCACGCGGAAGAAUUUUGUCAUUAAAUUUAGUCGAUUUUGGCACGCGAGCCGGAAAAAGUUGCCCACCCGUGUUCUAGGUCGUCGAACUCGGUCCUUCUCAAUCUGAUAUUCACCAGCGCACAAUUCUACACUAUACUGAAUUCCUCGCUUUGAGCAAAUUUCUUCAUGAAAAAAAGGAAUGUAGGUUAAUUACGGUAUGUAGGUAUAUUUAACACUUCAACAAUACCGCCCAAUUAAAUUAUAAAAUGAAAGGAAUUCACUCUUAUUGCAAAAAACAAAAUCACCGAAGACUUCAAAAAAGGUUUCCAGCCAAACCCUAUUUGUUGUCACUCCUUUACAGCACAACUACUAUUUAAAAUUUGAUUUAAAUUUUUUUCAUGAAUUCGGUUCACCCAAGAUCCAAGACCAGUGCUGAGCAUUUCGAAUCGAAUAUUAGAAUCGAAUCGAAUAGUACGUUUUUCGAAUCGGUUCAGACAAAAAAAUUGAAUCGCCGCCAUCUUGUUUUUUUUCUGCCAAUGGUCGAAGUGAAAUCCCUCAUUAUUUUAUCGAAGCCUCAAUAUAUACGCGAUUCUGACAUAUGGCCUUCUCUUCCUGGUGAGUUAUUGUUGUUACAAGUUUCUUAUUGUGUGUGAUAAAUUCUAUGCUUUCAGUAAUUUAUGGAUCUGGAGGAACCAUUACAAUGAAAGAGGAUACUCUCGAAGUAUGUGUACCAGGAUAGGGUUAGGCCAUAAUUUUAUUCCGAUUUUCCUUAUUUUAGUUCGACUACGAGUUCGGGACUUUUUGUGUUAGCCAAGUGAAUAAUCCCCUAGUUCCUUUACAGAACUUGAUGUAAAGUAGGCGAACAAAAUUAGUUAACCAUAUUGGUACAAAUACUUCUGGUUCAUACUAUUAUUUGAUGGUUUUCUCUGUUUAUGGCCGUUCGUGCCAUUACUGACCUAUUUUCAAUUUCUCUUCAAUUGUUUUUUUUCCCUCUCGUUUUUGUUCUUUUAUCGAUGAAAUUAAACUUUUUGACAAA